ACCCGAACCGAAGGCCAAAAAAAGAAAAAGAGGAGAAAAGAUUUGGACAGAGAGGCGCGGGAGCGUGGAGUGAAAUGCGAGGAAGGGGAGGGCCGUAGAGGGAACAGUGCAUUUGUCGUGCCCACGGACUUUGGCAGCCAUUCAAUGCUCCACCAAACGCUCAUCCCUUCUUCCUCCCCUUCCUGCCCAUCCGUCUCCGCCUCCCUUUCCUCGCCUCUCCUCUACCCUUCAAACGCCAAAGACACCGCCGCCGCCACCACAACAGCUUCUUCUUCCCCUCUCCUUUGCUCCCCAGCCAUGCCGUCCUACGCGCACCACCGCAGCUCUCUGGACGAGAGGAUGGAGGCGCUCAAGGGUAGUAGCCGUCAGGAAGAGACGGCCGAGGAGGUCGCCGCUGCGGCCGAAGCGCCCGCGGCCUGGGGCUUCGGCGAUAGGGACGGGUUCUCCGUGGAGGACCUGCUUGACCUCGAGGAAUUUUGCGAGGCGGACAAGGACGGCGCCGACGAGCACGAGGCGGCGCCUGCAGCCGCCGAUAACCAGGAGAAGUCCAACGAUGACUCCCUGCAGUCCGUCGUGUCCUACGACGUUGUGGUGCCUCACGCGCCCUCGGUGCCGGAGAUUGUUGACCUACCGGCGCAUGACGCCGAGGAGCUAGAGUGGGUCUCCCGUAUCAUGGACGACUCGCUCUCGGAGCUUCCGCCGCCGCCGCCACCUCCUACCGCAACGAUGAUGGCGUCGUUAGCUGGGCGCGCGCCGCAGCACAGGCUGAUGAUGCUGCAGCAACGGCGCCCGCACGACGGAGCUUACCGCGCUCUGCCGUCGUCAGCGUCCGACCCGCUGCGGACGCCGACCAUAUGCGCUCUGUCAACGGAGGCCUUGGUGCCGAUCAAGGCGAAGCGCAGCAAGCGCUCGCGGGCGUCAGGGUGGUCGCUCUCGGGCGCCGCUCCUGACUCGACGUCGUCUUCGUCGACAACAACCACUUCCUCGUGCUCUUCGUCCGCGUCCUUCUCGCCCUACUUCCUGAUGGACUCGGCCCAUCUCGGCGCCUCGGACCUCACGGAGGACUACACUCUCGGCGGCCCGCCGCCGAAGAAGUACAAGCACGGUAAGCACAGCAAGCACAAGCCCAAGAAGCGCGGCCGCAAGCCCAAGCACCUCCCCCCGCACCCUGCCAGCGCGGCCGUGAGCUUCCCGAGCGACCGCCGCUGCAGCCACUGCGGCGUCCAGAAGACCCCGCAGUGGCGCGCGGGGCCGGAGGGCGCCAAGACGCUCUGCAACGCCUGCGGCGUCCGCUACAAGUCCGGCCGGCUCCUCCCCGAGUACCGCCCGGCGUGCAGCCCGACCUUCGAGAGCACCAUCCACUCCAACUCCCACCGCAAGGUGCUCGAGAUGCGGCGCAAGAAGGAGGACGGGCCACUCACGGUCUCUGCCACCGCGCCGGCCGUGGCGUCGUUCUAGCUCUAGCUCAGCUUGGGAGCCACCUCGCGGUGGCUGUACAUUUUUCCGGCCGUAUUUAGUCCUGUACCGUACUUUGAAUUUUCUUUUCCCCCCUCUUUACUCGUCUAGUACUAGUAUCGUGUUAGUCCCGGUUAAGUUACUUAGAGUUUAGGAGGUUUAGGUCAGUCAGGUCAUGUUAGGUUUAGGAAUUCGGCUUUGGUUGCGUUGCUCCUCCAACUCCAGCUUUAGCAGUUUGUUAGGGUACUACUACUGCGCUACAGCAGCAGUGCAGCACUAGCGCAGAACUUUAUUUCUAUCUUUCUUCUGAAGAGUUUUUCCAUGGGCUGCUCCAGUAAGCGAUCAGCAUGCAUAUGUCUGGUAGUACAUCAAUGGCGGUGCUUAGUUCUGGAGUAGUAUGAGGCAUGAAGAUAUUCAGAAUUUGCUAUCGGUUGAAGGGGGGAAAAGGAGAUGAAACUAAGUCUCCUUAUUUUACUGCCUGUAUCCAGGAGAUGAGAAGAGGGCAACGAUUCGGGAAAGGCUUGCUUGUUGCGUGCACUCUUUGUUAGUGGAGUACAUCACAUGAUGUUGUCAUCUGUAACAGCAUGGUAUGCUAGUUAGGAGCAGACAGUUGAGAUCUUUGGAUAGCGAGGGUAGAGAAGCAAGCAGCAAAUAGAGUAGUAGAUACAGACGUGGAGACGAUUGUUGCCAGCAAUAUUGCCUUCACCCUUCCUGAAGUUCGUUCGUCCUUGGCGUGUUAAUUCGCUUCCAGAAUGAAUCAUGCAGAGCUGCGUCUCUCCGAGUAGUCUGUAUCUGUACCUGAAACCUAACCGUUUGAAAAGACGAA